AUGCCUCGAGGCCAAGGGUGGGGAGGGGGGCGACCUCAGGGCAAGACGCCUCGAGGCCGGGGGUGGGGAAAGGGGCGACCUCAGGGCAAGACGCCUCGAGGCCAGGGGUGGGGUGGUGGUGGCCUCGGGGUAGCACGCCUCGAGGCCAGGAGUAGGAGAGGGGUGGCCUCGAGGAAGGACGCCUCGAGGUUGGGGGUAAGGGGUGGCCUCGGGCAGGAUGCCUUGAGGUCGGGGGUGGGGGGGGUUGACCUCGGGGCAGGAUGCCUCGAAGCCGAGGGUGGGGAGGGGGGUGGCCUCGGAGCAAGAUGCCUUGAGGCCUUGGGUGGGGUGGUGGUGGCCUCGUCCUGCCUCGAGGUCGGGGGUGGCCUCGGGGCAGGAUGCCUCGAGGCUGAGGGUGGGGAGGGGGGUGGCCUCGGGGCAAGACCUCGAGGUCGGGGGUGGGGAAAGGGGUGGCCUCGGGGCAGGAUGCCUCGAGGUCGGGGGUGGGAGGGUGGCCUCGGGGCGGGAUGCCUCGAGGCCAAGGGUGGGGAGGGGGGGUGA